GUUGGGAAAUCGAUUUUAAAUUCGUUGUGUUCACUACAAACAAACAAACGAAUAGAGAAGUCAUUGCCGAUUAUUGCAUUAUUAAUUCUAUAAAUUAUGAACUGGGACGAUGAUAUUGAUACGCUAGCUCAGAAAAAGUCUGCUGCAAAGCAAGGACGUCGUGCCGGCAUGACACAAAGUCCAGACCGUCCAGAAACUCAAGACUUAUCAUUAGACAGUGACCCUGGUAGUCCAGGUCCUACUCUUCUUAAGGCACAUAAAACAGGUCGUUGGGCUGAUGAGGGUUCUAAAUCUGCCAGGAAGUCGUCAAUAAAUUUAAUUGAACAGGAGAGAUUUGAAGGGCAAGUGAGUCGAAGAGAUGACUCUGAUGAUGAUAUUCCCAUCAUUCCAGAUAUUGAUGAUAUGCAAGAAGAAAUGUUGUCUCUUCAUGACACAUCAAAGAAGCCUAGCAUUUCUGUAAAUAAAGCAACUUAUAAGGAACUGGGCUCAGAGGUUAGCAACUUGCAGAAGAAGAUUGCUAAUAUUGGGAAUAUUAAUUUGUCCUUCUUGACAACUCAGUUAUAUCCAGAGGAUGAUAUCAAGGAUUUGGAUGAACCAUGGACCAUGGAUGAUUUAUUUGAGACUUUAUUGACUUGCAACAAAUGAUGAACAUCCUGAAGAAAUUUUAAUUUAUUUAAUUUUUAAUAUAAGUUUUAUUAAUAGUACAUCCGUCCAGAGUUUUUUACAUGCACAUUAUUAAAAUAUUUGAAAAUCUUUUUUGUGCAAUGAAUAAAAUUAGUAUUAAAAGUUUGAAAUUGCCAAAAAA